AUGAAGUCUGAGAUUGCACAAGGAAAACUGGGAGCAGAUUCGACAGCCUUUAUGAUUUUUGAAUCUUUGUUGAAGAUUCCCACACUGUGGGAGGCCUCAGCAUCUGGCGCCCAUGAUUCUCUGAUCAAGCAAGCAUUCCGUCAGAAUGUGAAAGGUGCCUACAUCAAACCUCUCAACGUAGUUCAGUGGUUUGACGUAGUUCUAGUCGCUGCAUACCCCGGUGGGGAUGUUGAGCAGCUGCUGAGCUUUGAGAAUCCAUUGAGCAGAAAGGAAGUUGGCAAGCGGUUGGUGAAAACGUUCGAGACCUUACUUGCUGGCUUCGAGAGCAAGGUGAAUGCUGAGGGCAUUGUAGUUGGACAGCCACAGGCCAGUAAAAGACGACGCGUCAAAAGGACAUCGGAAAGUGGAAAGCAAGAUUCAAAUGCAGACGCGGCUGUCAAAGAUCGUGAGAUAAAGAUCGGCACCCAGAAGCAAAACGCGAUCAAACACAUGUGCAACUACAGCACUUUUGAAAGCUACCGUGCGUUGCAAUGUCACCUGUCAUUCUUUUCAGAGUCAUCUGUCAAUGAGAGUGUUCUGUCUUGGAAGCAUUUGUGGACUUCCACUCUCCCUGCUGAUGGAAUGUGCCCAAGUGAAGCAGAAGAAUAUGCCCGCAGAGCUGGUGCUGCUGCAUCUGCCAAGUUGGUGCCCCCUCGACUGAUGUCAAAGCAGUUGGAGUUUGGUGGAGAACUGUCACCAGCAGAUCACAACUUGAUCAUGGACAAGAUUCUCAGCAUCCAUGAGGACACCCUUUCCAACAACCAUGGAUGUGCCAAGAUCACUGUUGAGCAUUUGUGGACAUACCGCUUUGUCAUUACAUCCUGGACCCGUACCAUUGCAGAGUGCUGCUUCACUGACUUGAAGCCCGCUGACUUUGAGAAUGUUCGGGAUGCAGUCCUCAAAGGGGAUGCCCUCGAUGCGCAAAUCAAAGCGUGCAUCAAGCAAUGGCCCAUGGCUUGGAAUGUCACUAUGCUUCCAGACGUGGCUGCUUUGGCCACUGAUUACGAUGCUGCGCAUGAAGACAAAGAAUCGCUCGUUGAGACAGCUGAAAAAGAAGAAUGGAUCUUCAGAUUUGAGACUUUGCAAGACUGCCUCGAUUGGCUGGCUUGCAAGAAGAAGGUGGCUCUUGCAAAGACAGCCCAGGAGUUGGUGCAGAGAUACCAGGAGAAGCAGAGCCCGGUAUGUGAGCUGAAUGACAUGGCCGAACUUCCAGGCCAUUAUGCCACCAUGUCUUCAAAUGUCACCACGGAGAUCAAGGGCAAGAAGCUGGUGGUUGCAAUCUGCGACUUCAAUGUGCCCGGCGCCCGAAACGCCUUGAUCCAGCCAAAACUGAUCACGGGCUUGGCCAACUUGUGCCGAACCCAGGGCCACUUGUUACAGUGUGUGGAGAAUACUGUGAUUCUUGCGACUAUGGCAAGUCGCUCAAAGGAGGAGAGCACCGCAGAUCCACUUGAGGAUUUUGUUGAUUUUUGCCGCAGCAUGAAACUGGCCGGAUUUGGAGCACAGCAUGCUUGGAGCCAAGCCCUCACCGUCCCCGGCGAAGAGUGUCUUGGCUUUGAUCAGUCUGACAGGUGUCUGUCAUACAAUCAGCAACAGUGGGACUUCACGGCCAGUGGCCGGAUGUUUUACCUCUACAAUGAUUUGGAGAAGGCAGUUGCUGAAAAUCAUUUUGCAUCGUUGUCCGAACUCGCCCGCACGGGACGAGCUCCGACUGCCAUGUUGAUCGGCAGCCAAGAGAUGGUCACAAUAUCAUCAGCGGCAGAAUCAGAACGUGCUGUGCGAUAUAUGCCCAGUACGAGAUCGGCGCAGAAAGGCAGUGAUGCCUCCUUUCAGCUCUACAAAGCACUGCUUAGCACAAGCAAGCUUCGGAAGCCACACCUCACAGGGCUCUUGAAAGCCAAUGAUGCGGUUCAUAUGGUGGACCUUCAUUCACAUGUCGGGGACCACUGUUUGGCCACCAUGCUGAUGAAGGACGAACUUCCAACCGGAGUUGCCAUCAAGCACUUCAUUGUGCAGCUGAAGUCUUUGAAGUCAUCUGUCCAGGCAGCCGAUUGGUGUGUCAAGCGCUUGGGCCAUUGGCUGGCACAGCGCUGGAUGAAGCACGAGUUGAAGUUGGAGCUGGAUGGUAAGACCAUCAGCCCUGACAUUGAUUGCCAAGCUUUGUCCGAAGAUGACCUGAAGCACCUGAAGACCAUGGAAGGGGUGUGGCAUGCUUAUGAAGGAGUGCGCGCUCUUGGGUCCAAGUUGAAGGUUCUCCAGAUCAGUGGAAGCAAAGUGGUCCUCUCCUCACAGGUGAAAUCAGAGUUUACCCAAAGUCCUCACUUCAUCCGUGAAAGGUUUGAAGCUCUGGAGGCCUCUCACCUUGAGAACUUCGGGGAGCUCUUGAAGUCCAAGUUGACGCCAGAGAGUGACACACCCACUCUGCAGACCGUGGAUCCACGUCCCACCACUGCUGAGACAGAAGUGACACCUGAGACCAUGCCAGCCUUUGAAAGCGAAGCCAAAGUUCGAGAGAAGUACACCAUCAAGGUGGAGUGCAAAGCCUUUGACCCCAAGAAUGUGAUCCUUUUGGUUUCGGACAAAGGUGUGCCAUUCAUCUACAGCAAGGAUAAUGUGACUUUGAAGCGUGGCACGCGUCUUGGAGGUUGCGGCAGUGGCAAGUUGAUUCAGGGAGAUGAGCCUGGCGUCAAAUUUGAACUGAGUUCUGACAGAGAUCUUCUUGAGGUGAAUUUUGGCUCCAAUGCCGAGGACGAGGAUGAGGACAAUAGCAAGUGCAAGAGAGGAUCUUUCUACAUGGUGGUGAAGGACUUGAUGAAGAGUUCCCCAGCAACGGAGAUCUCGGUCACAGGAUACAAGGUUGUUUCAAAAGGGGAUGCAGCGCUGGGCGAACAUGGCUACGACCUGACAGCAGAUGAGGGCAAGCCUUGGGUCUUUGUUCCCAAGGACAAGGAUCCCAAAAGUUUCUCUUCGGGAAAUGCAUUCCGCCCUUUGGCUCAGCAGCUGAAGCCACUGCAUCCCAAUUUCACGUGGAUGUGGCGGUGCCAGUGGCACGCGGUCCAUGCCAAGUUGAGCCUCAAAAAACCCUUUGUCACUGUCAACCGGGAUUUGAAGCUUGAGUCCAACAAGCCCAUCAAGUUGGUCAAGGAAGAGUGA